GCUCAGUCAUUUCCCAACACAGCUUUCUCUAUUUAAUUGUAAGAAGUUUCACCUCGGGAUUCAUUUGUGUUGUCAGGACUGUGACUUGCAUCUGGGAAACAGCACCGGGACUCCUGCAUGCUCUACUUAUACACAAAAGCCAGCAAGAUGAGGUGUACAGUGUUUGGCCUUCUUGUCUUCUGCCUUCUUAUUAACUCUGCUCAGCCAUUUGGUAAUGGAAAAAUCAGCUUAGCAUGUGAUACCAUGACACCUGUCCACAAGACAUUCACCACACAGGUAUCAAUGGCACCAUACAGAGUGUCUGCCUCAAGCUACACAUUCAGCCCUGGAGAUGAAAUUACAGUGACUCUGUUGGCAAACUCCAAUACUACCUUUGAAGGAUUCUUCUUGCAAGCUCGGUCUGUAUCAGGAAAUAAUAUGGUUGGAAAUUUCAGGGUGCUCAACUCUAAUUCUCAAAUCCUUGAGUGCGGAGGAGUAAUGGGAUUGGCAGUGAGUCAUGUGAAUACAACCAAAAAGUACAAUAUAACAGCACUGUGGACUGCACCAGACUUAUCUGAUGAUGUACAUUUCAGAGCUACGUUUGUUCGGAAUUUUAGAACAUUCUGGGUGGGAGUUGAAAGUCCUGUUCUAAGUUUAAUCAAUCACUCAAACCCACGUAUGACUGUGCCAAAUGUGCCAGGUGUAUACGCUUUAAGCACAAGCCUUCCUUCCAAAAAAUUUGAAUCUGAAGUCAUUUCCAGAACAUCUUGUGGCACAGACAAAGUUUGUUUCAGCGUCCCUACAGACUGUGACCCAUCCACCAGCACUAACUGUGUCUUCAUGUCCUCUUCCCCAAUCUCACCUGCCAGCGGAGGGGGCUAUCAUCUUGAAAUCAGUGGUUCAUCUACUGGAUAUGUGUCCAUUGGUUUUUCCGAUGACAUGCAAAUGGGAAAUGAUGAUAUCUACAAUUGUGUGAUGAAUGCAGCUGGAGUGAUUGAAGUUCAACAUGCCUACUCUGAAGGUAAAUCCAGACCACGUGUCCUUACUCCGAGUAAUCUGGAGGUUAUAAUGAUGUCCUACAGAAACGGCAUUAUUCAGUGCUCUUUUAUUUCAAGAAACAUCUCAAUCCAAAACCCAUUUCAGAAAUCCAGUUCCAUCAGUAGCUUGUACUAUAUAUUUUUGGCCCAGGGUACAUCCAACAACGGACAAAUCCAGUAUCAUGGCCCUUCAGGGAGGUUCUUUAGUAGUUCUAAAAUUGACCUUUUAGAAGCUAGUAAUGUAACAAGUACUUCAUCUGGACUUGACCCCCUAAUUAAGGCUCAUGGUUCUUUGAUGCUCAUUGCAUGGAUGACAACAGGUAGUUUGGGAAUGAUCCUUGCUCGAUACUUCAAGGUAACUGGCAAGCAGCUGGUUUUGGGCAAAGCUAUUUGGUUUCAGGCUCACAUUCUUCUCAUGGUGCUGACAGUGUGUGCAACAAUAGCAGCCUUUGUGCUGGCCUUUGUCAAGGAGAAAGGGUGGAGCUAUAAUCUAAGCACACAUGCUAUCAUUGGCUGCAUUGUCAUGAGCCUGGCCUUUUUUCAACCAUUCAUUGCCUUGUUUCGACCCACACCACAGAGCAGCAGGAGAUUCAUUUUCAACUGGUUUCAUUUUAUCAAUGCGUUGGUUAUCAAAGUUCUAGCAGUGGCUAACCUGUUCCUCGGACUGCAAGUUAUAUCUCGCACAUAUACCUGGAUGCCUGAAGUGAUGGGUGGCUUUUUUGCCUGGGAAGUUCUUGCCUUUAUAUCACUUGAAAUCAAUGCUGAAAUGGUAGAGAAAGAAAAGAUCAGCUAUGAUGUUGAUGGGGACCCAAAAUCAAAGAGCCCGGCAAAGACUGAUGUUCUCCUGCUGUUUAUCUACCUUUGUGGGAAUUUGGCAUUCCUCAUCACACUCCUUGUAGCAAUUGGCAAGUCGUAGAAUCAGAACAUCACGGGCACUGAAGACUAUAUACACUUUAUAUUGCUCUUUAGACAUUAGGUAGAAACAUAUGGUGCAGGAUCCACCUGUUGUGUCAGUCUCAGGAGACUGUUCAUCUGUCUGUAGAAUAUUUUAUAAUAGGAUAGGUACACUAAAAUUUCCUACUCUAUACAUUAUACUUAUUUCUCUCAGUGGAAUUAUUUUAUUUAAAGUGCCGUCUAAGGUGGAGGUCAGAGGUUCAUGGCAAAUUGCCUCUAAAAUAAGCUUUGUUUUAUGUAUUACACUGUAUUACACUGAAAUCAUUGCAUCUGUUAGAUAGCCCACAGGGUACAGAAGUAUCUCAGGGAUAUUGGGUAAAUCACCAUCAGCCCAUUCUCUACUAGGGAGACUGGCCCUAUGCUCUUGCACCACUGGGUUGGGUGUAUAACUAAAGAUCUGCUUGUUUGGCAAACUUUGUAAUUAUUUGUAAAUAUUUAACUUUUCACUUUUUAUACUUUGUAAUUGUUUUAUUUUCCAUAAAUUCCCCCAGAAUCAAAAAAAUAUUAAAGAUCUGGUGUAUUUAGCCAAGUAAUAAUCAUAAUACUAUAGAAAUUCCUAAAACUCAAGAAUUUAUUUGCAACCUUUUAUAGACGUCACCCCACCAGUGUUGUAGAACCGUCCUAAUAUUUUGUUUCUGGUACACAGUUUUUGUUUUGUGCUUAAUAUUUAGUUUGCACAGCUGCCACUGUAUUAAACUGUAAGCCUUUGUUUAUAUUAGGAACAGAGAACUAUUUUACUGAGAUAUUAGCACAUAAACACUUAUUAGAUUGAUUCAAGAUGAUAGAAAUAACAUAUAGAGAAAAUGUUUUGCACAAUUCCUGUAGAAGUGAGAAUCCACAGCCAAAGAAAAAUGUACAGCAAACCUGAAACGUUCACGAUGUUACAACAGAGAAGCAAUCUUUUACUAAAAAAGCUGACUUGGUUUCUACCUUGAAAAAAUAUGUAUUAAAAUACUGAACAGGUGGCCAUUUUUACUUCUAAUAAAAGGAACUUCAAAUCUG